CGCUAUGCAAAGUGCCCCCACCGGCUGCUGCCGCCGCCUUUACAAACUAUGGUGAGUGACAGCCGCUCAGUGCCUGAGUGCAGCAAGCGGGGGAGCUGAGCUCUCCUCCUCCGGCCAUCCCUGCAAACUUUCCUCCAAUCUUACUUAUUCCUUUAUUUGAGCGCUUUUGGUCUUUGGACUCCCCCAUCUCACCCCAUUUCCCCCCUUCUACUGACGGUGUGGAUGAGAAGGGCAGUCGAUCGGGGGCUGUCAGUGGAUCGAAACCCCCAAGAAGGAGAAGAGAAAGCUCACUUGCAUAAGGCAUCCAGCUUCUAUGACUGAUUUCCCCUUCGUCUCUCACCUUAAGUCUUUUUGAUACACGUUUUAUUUUAGCUGUCCUAUAUAAGUAAAAAGAAUACAUUAUGGGAAAACAGAACAGUAAGUUGCGACCCGAAAUACUUCAGGAUCUCCGGGAAAACACAGAGUUCACGGAUCACGAGCUGCAAGAGUGGUACAAAGGCUUCUUGAAGGAUUGCCCGACCGGUCAUCUAACGGUGGAAGAGUUUAAGAAAAUCUAUGCAAAUUUCUUCCCGUAUGGCGACGCCUCCAAGUUUGCCGAGCACGUAUUUCGUACGUUCGACACAAAUGGCGAUGGGACGAUUGACUUUCGGGAGUUUAUAAUUGCACUAAGUGUCACCUCGCGGGGUAAGCUGGAACAGAAGCUGAAGUGGGCGUUUAGCAUGUAUGAUCUAGACGGGAACGGCUAUAUAAGUCGUGGAGAGAUGCUAGAAAUUGUGCAGGCAAUCUACAAGAUGGUAUCAUCUGUGAUGAAAAUGCCAGAAGAUGAAUCUACUCCAGAAAAAAGAACAGACAAAAUAUUCAAGCAGAUGGACACAAAUAAUGAUGGUAAACUUUCCCUCGAAGAAUUUAUAAAAGGUGCCAAGAGUGAUCCUUCAAUUGUCCGGUUGUUACAAUGUGACCCGAGCAGCACGAGCCAGUUCUAAUGAAUUUCAUCCUCCGUACGGACUGUCGCUACCGGACACUGGCUUGUCCUUCAAGCUUCUCUUGCAAGUGGAUGCCUUCUCAGUCAUUCCUCUACUGUUAGUGGAUAACAAGCCCCUGCCGGAUUGUUUUUCUAUGUAUUAGAGAUAAAACAGCCCAGCGCCUGUUUUAUAUUACCAGUAUACGUCAUUCCUCACUCAUCCCGUGUAUAGGCAUGUUUACGUGCAAAGAGAUCACCUCCGCUGAAGAAUGAUGGCUUCCCUGGAUUAAAUACAUGGAAUAAUCUGGUUCUGUCAUGAUAAUAUAUACUGCAUUGAGCAUAUAAUUAGCUGUUUCACAAUGAA